AGACCCGGUGGGGCCUGGAGUCUGCAGAUGGAGGAGACCUGGCCUCAUUCCAGCCCCUCUGGGUUAUGUGGUGCCAGUUGGCUGGAACCUACUUCAGGCUUCACGGGUGCAUGGUUCCUGUCCAGGAAGUAGAGCACAGGCAGGAGUCGGACUGGUAAGAAACCCAGGCUAGGCUCUCAGUCAGAGGCCAGUCUCAGACUGGUUUUGAGGGUCACGGCCAAGGUUGACUUCCCUCACUAAAGGACUGGUGAGUGCCUUGGGGGAGGGGUGAGAGUAGAUCUGUGAAAGCUGGGGCAGUGGGCAAGAAAAACUCAGACUCAAACCUGAAGUGAAAUUACCAUGCGGCAAUGGAGGAGGAAAGAGUGGGUCAGAUAGCAUAGAUAAGCAAAGUGGCAGGCCACAGCCAUUGGUUACAAGCAGGGUGACCAAGGACAGGCAAGCAGCCAUUUACCUGAAAAUGGUUAGACUGGUAGCCAGACCUGCCUGACUGCCCCCGAGCCGCCAGGAGUCACCUGAAGCUGCUGUGCCUUCGAGUUGAAGGUGGUCCUGUGGUUUGGCAGAGGCAAAAUGGGAGACAUGGCUGACUGAUAGGUGGUCAGUAGGCACAUGUGAUCAGAUGGAUGGUGUAAGGGUGUGGUUAGUCUGUAGGGACUGAAUCAGGGACAACUUCAGGGAGCUGUGUGGAUGUUUACAGACCUACCCCGAGGGCUUUGGGUAGCCAUAUAAUAUCACAGGACCCCAGAUGGUCAAUCUCCAAAAGCAAUCUAGACAAUCCAGGACCUGGCCUCUUGAGGCCUUGUGUGGCUCCAAUGGCAGCCUCCCAGCUGGCCGCACUGGAAGGAGAGGAGUUGGGGGCUGUCGAGCCAGCCCCGACCAAGGCCUGCCCUGCCUCCUUGUACUCGGAGGGCCAGAGGCUAGCCCUGGAAGCACUGCUGAGCAGUGGUGAGGAGGCUUUCUGGGCCUGCGUGCAGCAGGAGAGGCUGCCCCCGUUUCUGAGUGCAGAUGAGGCUCAGGCCCUGGCUACAGCUGCUGAAGACUGGAUAGUACCGAGUCAGGAGCCUGGUGCAACAGGCACAGGGGCAGGCAUCGCUGAUGGGGACUUUGGCAGCCUGACCUACUGGCCUAGACAGUCUGAGGAGCCCGCACCCUCGCUGCGGCUGGGCUGGCCUGAAGACAUUGCCUGGAAGGGAAUCACCAGAGCACAACUCUACACCCAGCCACCAGGCGAGGGCCAGCCACCAGUUAAAGAGUUGGUACGCCAGGAAAUCCAGGCUGCUCGCAAGCUGGUGGCCGUAGUCAUGGACAUCUUCACCGACCCCGACCUGCUCAGAGACAUGGUGGAUGCUGCUACCCGCCGAUGGAUUCCUGUCUACUUACUGCUUGACCACCAACAUCUGCCAGCCUUCCUGGCACUAGCCCAGCAGUUAGGGGUGAACCUGUGGACCACUGAGAACCUGGAUAUCCGGACCGUACAGGGCCACACCUUCCAGAGCCGAAGGCGACGGCAGGUGAGCGGCCAUGUGCGGGAGAAGUUCCUGCUGCUGGACGGUGACAGGGUCAUCUCGGGAUCCUACAGCUUCACAUGGAGUGACUCACGCCUGCACCGGGGCCUGGUGACCCUGCUCACAGGAGAAAUUGCAGAUGCCUUCAGUCAGGAGUUCCGAGUUCUGUACGCAGCCUCCAGGCCGCUCCCACCAGCACCAGCUCGAAGCCCUUUGUUCAGUCCUCCUGAGGGCCCACAGUUGCCCCGAAGCCCACACCGUGUGGCCCUACGCUGUCCUGUGGCCCCUGUGGCCCCACUGCUGUCUGACGGGCCUUUGGCUCACCGCCUGGCUGCCUGUCACAUCCUCGAAGGGGACAGACGGGAGACCCCCACCACCACAGGGCCAGCUCUCAGUGACAUCUUGAGGAGUGUACAGCGCACCAGGACCACCAGUGGUCCCCCAACCCGACCCAGCCGCUCCUUAUGGGACCUCAGCCGCCUGUCACAGCUCUCUGGAUCCAGUGAUGGUGAAAAUGAGCCCAAGAAGUCUUGGGGCUCCAAGGACACUCCAGCCAGGGCCCUGAUGAGGCAGCGGGGCACUGGAGGUGGGCCCAGAGCUGAGAUGGAUCUCCGGUCACAGCCCUGGGUUGGUCCCCUACCGAUUCCAGCCCAACGCCGCCUGCGUUACCUUUCCCCAGCCCAAAGGAGACUGGGAGACAAUGCCACCACAUCAGACUGGGCCUCUGGCUCAGGUUCUGGAAGGCGACGCUGACAGGAACCCUGGCCAGAUGUGGCUGGCCAGCCAUGGGUCAGUUUAUAGCCCCAACCAGACGCUGGCUGUGUCUACGGCCUCUAGUCUAGGAUCUUGGCAGCAGAAGGGAUUGGCCUUUAUUGCUCUAGAAUUGGGUGAGCUCAUCAGAGCUAAGGGCUCAGUGUUAGCAUCUGGACAAUGGGCAGAGAGUUUCAGAGCAGCAGACAAGAUUGAUGCAAAGACAGGCACAGCUGCCUCACCAUGUAUUGUGUAAAGACAUAGUGGGGCAAGCCUACGACAGAGAAGACAUAGAUAAAGUGAGUCCAGGAGAGGAGAAUUAUGGGAAUGGAGGCUAAGGGGGGAUAUGGGCAAAGCUGAAAAAAAAAAAAGUCUGCAAAGUCCUGGGGACACUAGAAUAUGUCUGGAGUUUUCUGUGGGAGUUAAGGGAGGACCUCAGAGUGCUUUCCUGUAUUUCUGCUCAGAUUAAACUCCAAGAGCACAGACAUGUACCUCCACAGCCUUCCCAUCCCCAACCGUUACCUUCCCUGCCCACUCUGCUCCAGAGUCCAGACCCCAGCAUCCUCCCAAGCUCUCUUCAGACCCAGGGCUCCCCUCAGGUUUAGGGACCCAGGCCUGUGGGACAGUGGACCUGGCACCCUGCUGAAUUCAAGCUCAGGGCUGGGUCCCCAGCCGCUUGUAUCGUGUCAUGUUCUUGCGGUCGCUGAGUAGCCCAGGCUAGAUGUGAAUUUGCAAUCCUACGGCCUCUCCCUCCCAAGCAUGGAGUCACUGUGAGUCUCCCGCAGCACAAAUGCUUUCUGUCUGCAUGGUGUGUGGCUGGCUGCUCUGCCUGCUGGAUCCCCGGCCUGCCCCUGAAAGUGCAGCCCAGAGGAAGGGGUGGCUGGAGUGACAAGUUUAUUGUGAGGAUCCUGGGUUGGGGUCAUCAGAGGCUAGGCCAGGGCUGGGGCUAGGGCUGGGCUCAGUCUCGCCAUCAGGGCUGCCGUCCUCUGCGGACCUGUCCCAGGGGAAGCUCGGCAGCCCGUGCAUUUGCUCUCGGUAGACCUGGUCAAAAGUCUCACUCUGCGCCACAGUGAAGUGGUUCUUCCAGUCGCCACUGAUCCCUGGAGGGGACAUAGGAAGAGACCAGUAAGGAGCUGCUGGGGUACCUUCUUACUCCCCUCCCAGCCUUGUCGGAUGUUCCCUCAGCCUCCCUCAUCAGGACCAACCACACUUCCUGUGCCAGCUGACCAGAGUCCCCCAUGCUUACCGCCUCUUUCCCUUACACCUAGGUGACCCCAUGCCAGCCCUGUCCUUUGACCUCUGACCUCCCAGAUAUUUUCUCAGAACUCCCCUCCCUCUUGACACCCAAGCACCCAUUCAACAACCUUCAUCGACUCCUCUGGGAGCUGCCUCUGCCAGCACAAGUCUCUUCCACCCUAGUUCCCUUCAGAUACCCAACAUGGUCUCAGCACUCUUCUGACUUGAUGGCCAGUCCACCCCAGCCAGGCGAUCUAGAUUCUUCUCAUGAACAGACCAGUCUGAGUUCCUCAUAGCCAGAGAGCUGCCUCAGCAAGGUACCCCCGCCCCACAGCACACAAUCCUGAGUACUGGUCCCUCACGUCUCGUGACUACUAGGGCUCCACCUCUUGCCUGUGUGGCAAAGACUCUUUCGAAUAGCUUGUUAGAUUUUAGCUGUGUCACCUCUUGUCAAGUCUUGGAAUUUUGAACAUGAAAUCACCUAGCAGAAGGAUCUGGGGACGAGGGACUGACUUGAAUCACCUGGAGAUCCUGUGUGGUAGUUGUCCUGUUCUGUUUAGAGCCAGGGUCUCUAGUAUCCCAGGCUGACCUCAAGUCUAGCACUGAGAGGCAAGACUGAAUUAUUCUGCAUUGGGCAUUAGCUAAUAAAAAAGUUUCUGGGGACUUGAA